CUGGGCACAGCGUUCUGUACGCAGAUCUACAUCUGAUUGAAAGUGGUAUGCAGAAACAUAACAUUCAAUCUUCAAGCCUCGUGCAUUGUCUACACCGAAGUCAAUUUCGAGGGACCUGAAUCACCCAGCGUCGAGGACAAAUGUGCCUCACUUCAUUUCCCUGCUUUCUGCCAGUAACUGCCAGUGCGUUCGCUACUGAACGAUGUCAUCACGGUGUGGUACACGGGCGCGCGGCUCUAGCCAUAUCCCGAGUUUCCCAUCUUUACGUCACUCAGUUUGCGAUCUGUUCUCGCCAAGUUCUCGCCUUGGUAUCAUUUGGAGAAGUUGACUCUGUACGUUUCACGCCCUCUUCUGUGAUAGCUUGCUGUUCGUGUGGCUAGCUUCUGUCAAACGCGUGGGACUAACCGCGUUGUUGAGUCUUCCCUUGUACUUGGUGACG